UGGCGGCGAUGACCAGGAGAGAUCACACCAUACACCCCACCAAUCUCGCCGACACCGGUGCGACUAAAGGUGUUCAAAUGCCCGGCCCACGCGGAGGUCGGAAUGAAUCCGGCGGUAGUGAGGGGGGCGGGGAUGGACAGGACGACGAUCAGGGGUCGACGAGGGAUUCUAUCAGCGGAGGUGGUGUUGGCGGGGGCAGCAAACGGAAGAAUGUGAGACARCAGACCUUYGACACGAUUGCAGACGUGAUGAAGGAGCACGGGAGUCUGAUGGCGAMAACCGUGGACAGCGCGAGCAAGAGACAGUGCUCAAUUCURACUAGGCAGUGCGACAWUCUGGAGCGAGAGGUUGAAGUGCAGAAGGAACACUACGUUAAGGCCGACCAGGCGAACUUGAUGAUGUGCCAAGCACUUAUGGAGAUUGCUAAAGCGUUCCGCGAGCGAUCGAAAGAUGGUGGGGCGGGCGACGGCGGGGAAACCAACAAAGGCAGAGGCCACAUACCGAAGUCGAAAAGACAGCGCAUCGAUGACGCCAGCUCCUCACAAACUGAUGACUUCGUCGCAGACGAAGUGGCUAUGGUGGACGCGCAAGGGACGGCAGGGGUCGCGAGGUUGGGUUUCGGGCGGGAUGGAGUGUUGAGGGAGCAGCUGCAAGCAGUGAAACGCAACGUUGUUGGCGGUGCUGCCGGGACGGUGCCAAGGACCCCAAACACAACAGGGGUUGUCGUCACGGGCGCGCGGGUCGCGGGACAACUUUCGGCGGCGGCUGGCCAAGGUCAGCCACGUCAGCCACUCCCCCUACAACACGUUUUGGCAUCAGGGGGAGGGCACACGGCGACCGCGCAAAAGGGCGGCGCGACGGCUAGCGCCAGUCGGAUGGCGGCGGCAGAUCACACAGCUAAAGGUGGAGUCGUCGAAGGUGCAGAAAGGGGGGGGGUCGACGACGUUGGCCGUGACGAUGGCCGAAGAGACGGAAAGCGGGAGGGCAAUGACGGCGACGACCGUCCACUUGUGCCGAGGGGGAAGGGAGCGCCGAAGGAGGACGAGCUGGAAGAGAAGGCUAAGUUGUGGGUUGAUUGCGACGCUUUCUGGGGUCAGGGUCCUGGGAAACCUCUGAGGGAGGCGGUAGGCGAAUGCACCGACUACUUCGUCGCCAUCGCCAACGGAGACGUAGGAGCUGAGACGCCUUCGAUGCUCAUCAUCCCGCCGAAUGACGUGCCGCACUUCAAGAUCGACGACCCGGUGCAGCGUGAUCCGGCUCUCCGCAGAGCGCGCAGCGUGGAGAGAGUAGUGCUGCGCACCUUUCACGGUUGGAUCUUUAAAUUGCAGUCGAGGUCGACUGGCUUCUCUCGUGCAGAGUCCUACAUCACCGUCGACUUCGCCACAGACCUCGCACGAGCAGUUUGGCAGGCCUUGGAAUGGUCGAGAGUGGUAUCCCCUGCACUCGUCUACCACACGUUGGCGAUGAAGAUGGACGUGCCUCUGUGGUGCACGGGGGUGAAGAUUGAGGACCGCCCGGAAGACGACGACAUGGCGGCGCAGUAGGAGGCGACAGUUGUUCUGCUGGCGGAGUGCUGGAUUGAUGCGCUCUGGUGCGGAC